AUGGCUGAGAGAGCCCCGAGACUCAGUACGUGCAUUGACAUGUACGGCGCGGAAAAUCUGUUAGAAGCCGUGGCAUUUGCGCGAGCGCAGGGGUUCAGCUUCGUGAGCACAAAUGCCAUUUUCGAGGAAGACAAAGACGGAGUCAGGGGUCGCGGUCCCCAGGAGAUCCCCAGUGGGACCUAUCAAGACGGCAUCCAGAGUCGAGUCACUCCGGACCUCGACGUAGACGUCGAAGAUGAGGAGCUCAGAACGAAGAACCAGCUUCUGUUGAAGAGGGAGAUCGAGUACGCCACCUUCCUCGGUAUACAAGUUCUCCAGAUAGAUCUUACACGUAAGCACCGCAACCUCGCGGCGACGCUGCAGAAUUGCCUCCAGCAGCUCGAAUCAAGUCACAGCGUGCCAGUCGUCUGGAUGAUUGUUUCUCUAUGCGGUCCGCCCGAAGAUGAAUUCGAAACGUUCCGUCGAUGGCAAUCGUUUCGCGAAGCUUUCGAAGCUUGUCCAAAAAUCUGGGUAGCAUUAAUAAUUCCCCCGAAUCUACCCGAUAAUUUGGACGAGAUCCUCGACCUUUGGAUGGGCGAACAGGUGGCUGCACUGUACAUUUCGACGAAACAGUUCAUCAUGAACGCCAACAAUUUCCCGGUCCUGUCGAAACCAUUCCAGAACGUAGUCAGAAAACUGAUGGGACUCCAUCCUGUGAUUGCUUUUACGGAUGUUUCCGUUGACGAUACGGCACUGAAACCAAAGUUUUUCGCCGACUACAUGAACCACAUGUUCGCACAAAGGAUCCAUGUGGGUCCCCUGCAGGAAGAGUUCACCUGUGGUUUCCAUGAUAACCUCCAGAUUCCGCUACAGCCAUUGGCGGAUCACUUGGAGAGCGUGACCUACGAGAUUUUCGAGAAGGAUCCCGUGAAGUAUAUCAAAUACAGGGAAGCGUUCCUUGAGGCUUUCUCAGACUUACGAAGCAUGGUGGAGGAACGGAAGAGCCCACUCGUAGUGAUGGUCGUUGGCGCUGGUCGGGGUCCCUUAGUUUCGCUUUGUUUACGAUGCUCGACAGAAGCUGAUGUUCCUCUGAAACUUUACGCCGUUGAAAAGAACCCAAGCGCUGUCAAUGUGCUCCGGAUUUCGAAUCGGGAUAUUUGGCAGGGUCAGGUGACGGUCGUUGAUAGCGAUAUGAGAACAUAUACCCCAGAGAAUGGGGAGCUAGCCGACAUUCUCGUCUCGGAACUCUUGGGCAGUUGGGGAGACAAUGAGCUGUCUCCGGAAUGCUUGGACGGAGCUCAACGCCUGCUCAAGCCUUCAGGCAUCAGUAUCCCGUCGAGUUACACGUCCUACGUUAACCCCAUCCAGUGUGCGAUGAUGCAUCGUCAGGCCAAAGACCUCCGCGACGACCAUAAACCCCAGGGCCAUCAGCUCAGCACUCCGUAUGUGGUGUACUUCAGACACGUCAAUCAUCUAGCGGAGCCCAAGAAAUUAUUCGAGUUCAAGCAUCCGAACCGGGACUUGAAGGGAAAGAGCCAAUCUAACGCGCACAAUGAGCGGCUUCUCGAUCUAUCUUGGGAAUCGAAGACCUCCUGUAUCUUCCAUGGUUUCGCCGGAUACUUCGACUGUGUACUAUACAAGAAUAUCGGGAUAAGCACUCAUCCCAAGACGCACACACACAGUAUGAACUCCUGGUUCCCGGUUUUUAUACCAAUUCAGCAACCGCAAAGUGUCAAGAAGGGAGAGAGAAUCUCUGUCACAUUCUGGCGGAAAGUAUGCUCCGCAAAGGUGUGGUACCAGUGGAUGGUCUCGGAACCGCAAGCGUCAAUCGUUCACAAUGUUGGGGGUCGAUCUAGCAGUAUCGGACUCGCUUCAUGAGGAAAUUCCUCUUACUCUCUGGGAGUUUCCAUCAUGGUUGUUCCUUUUUUCCCGUCACGUUAUGGAAUGUUCUGAUGAGUUAUAUGAGUGUUGAACAAGAAUUCUCGAAGUCGAUGCAGAAUAAACAACUUCUUC